CCGCUUCCCGGCCCUGGUAGCCACAGCAACAGCCGCUAGACGAGGGAGCCUGGAGGGUUGAUGGCCGAGCCGGAGGGCAGUGCGGGGCCCGGCUUCCCAGUUACUUCUUGGACCAAGAUGACUGAUGGGAAUCUUUCCCCUUCAACAAAUGGCUUCAGCUCGAUGAAAGUUCUGGACGAGAGGUCAGGCAAUCAUGUUCAGAAUCUUCAAUGUUUGAAUGUAAAGACCCCUAGAUCCCUUUCAUUGUCUGAUUAUAAACCUAAGUUGAAACUCAGUGAUGUAGAUGAUAGACAUAGCCUUAAAUCAGUGGAUUCAGGUAUUCCAACCCUGGAAAUAGGGGACCCAGAACCUGUCCACUGCAGCGUGUUAAACGUCAAAAGAAAACCAUCUGAGCCAGAAAUUGUCCCUGAUCGAACUUUUCAGAGUGCAGGCACGCUCCCAUCCUAUUUACCUCCUCUUUCUACAAACACUGAACGGGAACAUCGUGUACGGAAGUCUUCAACUUUCCCAAGAACUGGAUAUGACACAGUGAAGCUCUACAGUCCCACCUCUAAAGUUCUGACUCGAAGUGAUGAUAUCUCUGUAUGCAGUGUAUCAAGUCUCAGUACCGAACUAUCCACAACCUUAUCCGUUAGUAAUGAAGAUAUCUUAGACUUGGUGGUCACCAGUAAUUCAAGUGCGAUCGUGACUCUUGAGAAUGAUGAAACUCAUUUUUCAGAUAUUACAUUAAACUCCUCAAAAGAAAUCAGUGAUCAAAACCUCCAUGCCUGUGGUGAAGAAACAGAAGUGGAUAGCAAGUUGAAAAUAUUGGGACCAUUUACUAACUUCUUUACAAGGAAUUUGUUUGCUAGAAAGCAAAAUGCACGACUUGACCCACAUGGUGAUUUGGGAUGGAAGGUAUUUGGGAAAGUACCACUUCGAGAGAAUUCUCAGAAGGAUUCCAAGAAAACACAAAAGGAAUAUGAAGAAGAAGCUGGACGACCUCACAAACCUCUUUCUCCUAAACAGAAUGUGAGGAAAAAUCUUGAUUUUGAACCACUUUCCACCACUGCUCUUAUCCUAGAAGAUAGACCAGCAAACCUCCCUGCAAAACCAGCUGAAGAAGCUCAGAAACAUAGACAGCAAUACGAAGAAAUGGUGGUUCAGGCCAAAAAAAGAGAGAUUAAAGAAGCACAGAGGAGGAAAAAGCAGCAGGAAGAGAGGUGUCGUUUGGAAGAAAGCAUUGGAAAUGCUGUCUUGGUCUGGAACAACGAAAUUUUACCCAACUGGGAAACAAUGUGGUGUUCUCGAAAAGUUCGAGAAUUAUGGUGGCAAGGCAUUCCUCCAAGUGUGAGAGGUAAAGUCUGGAGCUUGGCAAUAGGGAACGAGUUAAAUAUUACCCAUGAACUCUAUGACAUUUGCCUUGCUCGAGCCAAGGAAAAGUGGCGGUCCCUCAGUGCUGGGGCCUCUGAAGCAGAGAAUGAAGAUACAAGUUUUUCUGCAGCUGACAGAGAAGCCUCUCUGGAACUAAUCAAACUGGACAUUUCUAGAACAUUUCCUAAUCUCUGUAUUUUCCAGCAAGGUGGUCCAUAUCAUGACAUGUUGCACAGUAUUUUGGGCGCUUAUACUUGUUACAGACCGGAUGUUGGUUAUGUUCAGGGCAUGUCAUUUAUAGCAGCAGUAUUGAUUCUGAACUUAGACACUGCAGAUGCCUUUAUUGCAUUUUCUAAUCUUUUGAAUAAACCUUGUCAAAUGGCUUUUUUUCGAGUGGACCAUGGCCUUAUGUUGACAUACUUUGCAGCAUUUGAGGUGUUCUUUGAAGAAAAUCUGCCAAAAUUAUUUGCCCAUUUCAAGAAACAUAACCUAACUCCAGACAUCUAUCUAAUUGACUGGAUUUUUACCUUGUACAGUAAAUCUUUGCCACUUGAUCUGGCAUGUCGAAUAUGGGAUGUGUUCUGCCGUGAUGGUGAAGAGUUUCUUUUCCGUACUGCCCUGGGAAUACUCAAACUGUUUGAAGAUAUUUUGACCAAAAUGGAUUUUAUUCACAUAGCCCAGUUCCUUACCAAGUUACCAGAAGAUUUGCCUUCAGAAGAGUUCUUUACAUCUAUUGCUGCAAUUCAGAUGCAAAGUAGAAACAAAAAGUGGGCUCAGGUACUGCUUGCAUUGCAGAAAGACAACCGGGACAUGGAAAGGGGAAGCCCUUCCCUCAGACACUGACACUUCAGAUGUAUCCAGGUGGCAAAUGUCUUGCUUUCAAAUGAAUACAGGCAUCCGAGAAACAUCAAGUUUAUUAUUUUCAGGUUUUGUUUAUAGUACU